UUCUAACAUUUCACGAUGAUUUGGCUUUGGAGUCUUUUGAUUUUGGGAACAUUUAGUUCUAGAGGACUUGCAGACAAUGGGUCGUCUAAUACUACACCUUCAACCAAUGUUAAAACUACUACCCAGGAUCUUAUUACCAAACUGGAUGCAGACGCAACGAAUAAACUACGGAAUAUACUGAGUUCCUGUGAGGGUAAAUCCGAUGGUAACAUUGAGUUUUCCCGGUGGAUUGCAAAAAUCCGUGAAAUCAGUCAAGGCGGAAAGGAGCGACUGAACGAUAAGAUUGCCAUACGAAUCCUUUUUGAGAGCUACAAUAUACAACGCCUAGACUUAGAACAAAAAAUCCACGACCGUUUAGAUGAUCUUGAUUUCCUUAUAGCCGAUCAGGAGCGGGACAGCAGCUGCUCAAAGUUCUAUCAACAGCAAAAGUUUCGUCUCGAGAAAGCCCUAAAACUCGACAAUUCCAAAAAAGAAGCAAAGUUGAAGGAAAACUCCAUCACAUGUCCGGAUAGCGAUGACUAUGAUGAAGAUUGUGAUAUCUUUGAGGACUAUGAAUGGUAACCAGUGACCAAAUGAAAUUUUGGUAGAGAAAGUUCUCUCGGGGGAAAAGAAAAUACAAAUAUAUAUCGAAAUGUAUAGCAAAACUAUUGAAAAUUAAGAAUUAAAUGAGUAUAACUAAAAUA